AACUCCUCCCACCGGAGUAAAACCAUAAACGAACCCUCUAAAUGACUCCGUCGUUUGUCAGCGCAAGCGUAGCAAAGUAAGCCUUACGUCGCCCUACAUUGUUAGCUAUCGUUUCAAUAUCCCCGGCUGAUAGGGUUAUAUUUGUAUAUACAGUUAUUGUCGUAACGUUAAGGUAAUAAUCCCUGGGAAAAAUGGCAGAAAGCGACUGGGACACUGUAACUGUGUUGAGGAAGAAGGGUCCAACUGCUUCCCAGGCCAAAUCUAAGCAGGCUAUCACAGCUGCACAGAGACGUGGAGAAGACCUCGAUACUACCAAGAAAUGGUCUGCAGGGCAGAACAAGCAGCACCUGGUGACCAAGAACACCGCCAAGCUGGACCGGGAGACAGAGGAGCUGCAGCACCUGAGGGUCUCCCUGGAGGUGGGAAAGGUUAUCCAGCAGGGCCGCCAGAACAGCGGCCUCACCCAGAAAGAUCUGGCCACUAAAAUUAAUGAGAAGCCUCAGGUCAUUGCAGACUAUGAGUGUGGAAAAGCAAUUCCCAACAAUCAGGUCAUGGGCAAAAUUGAGAGGGCAAUCGGUUUGAAGCUGCGCGGGAAAGAUAUUGGACUGCCUCUGGAGGCAAAACCCAAGAAGAAAUGAGGACAAAGCCUCGAAAUCAGCCCCCCCUUCCCCCUGUCCCCCAUCUCUAUCCCCACCUUCCUACUCCCGCUAUGACCCUGCCUCCCUUAACUCUCCAAACCCCCCUCUCUCCCCUAUCACCCUCCUCUACCUGGGCUGAUCUCCACCUGUGUCCUGCUACAGGACCUGGUGAUCCACCACGUUGCAAGCUGCAUAUACUGACAAAUCAUCACAAAUUACUUCUUAUAAUCAAUGAAUAAACGACUGAAUGCAUUGCAAAACUUGCUAACCAUAAGUGCUCAGAAAUGGAAAAAAAUCUUGGUUGAAAGACAAGGUGAAUUUUACCGUGGCCAUGUGCAUUGACUCUAACAUACAUUUUUUUCGGAACAUGUUCUUUUUAUCCAUUUUCAAAGUGCUUGAUUGCAGCCUUUUCACACACUUUGCGUCACUAUGAUAUGGACAUGUCCUACUGCUGUAGCUUGGUUUUGAUCUUCAAAUAAAGUUUGACAGUUUA